AUGGAUAGUGAAGUGCUUUCCGGAGAAAUAAAAAGCCCAACUUCUUUUGCGGCUUUGCCGAAUCUGCUCCGCUCGUCUCUCUCUCUCCCCCCCCCCCCCCUGCGGCGGUUGCUGCUCAGUCGUGGAUUUGCCUCCUCCGCCGCAAAUCUCCAAUCCUACCGUCGUUUUCUUCCCCACAAGCCUUCAUUUCCUCCCCCUUUGGCGCCUGCCCAUUCCCCCAAAUUUCCUUUUUUCCCCUCCAGGCUCUUAUCUUCCGAAGCGACCGCGGAAUCGGGAACCCUAGCUUCGAGCCAGAUCGCUCUGUCUCUCUCCAAGGAGCUCAUCGGAAACUCUGACGCCGAUCCUGGAUUGGUCUCGCGGACUUUGGAGCUAAGCUUCUCUCACGUCACGCCAAGUGCUGAUUUGGUUCUCCAGACACUAAAUCUGUCUCCGGAAGCUGGCCGGGCGGCUAUAGGGUUUAACGAGUGGUUAGACUCGAACGCCGGUUUCUCCCACACCGAUGAGACAGUCUCGUUUUUUGUGGAUUACUUCGGCCGUAGGAAGGAUUUCAAGGCGAUGCAGGAGAUACUCUCGAAGUACAAGGAUGUCGCCGGAGCCAAAACUCUAGGGUCGGCCAUUGACAGGUUGGUCCGGGCAGGUCGACCCGCGCAGGUUGUCAGUUUCUUCGAGAGAAUGGAGAAUGAUUUUGGGCUCAAACGCGACAGAGAAUCGCUUAGCCUCGUCGUAGAGAAGCUGUGCGAUAAAGGGUAUGCGAGUUACGCUGAGAAAAUGGUGAAGAACUUAGCUAGUGAAAUAUUUCCUGACGAACAUAUCUGUGACUUGUUGAUACGUGGUUGGUGUGUUGCUGAGAAACUCGAUGAAGCCACCAGAUUAGCUGGAGAAAUGUAUAGAGGAGGAUUUGAGAUCGGAACAAAAGCCUAUAACGCAGUUAUUGAUUGUGUGUGCAAGCUUUGUAGGAAAAAGGAUCCGUUUAGGCUCCAGUCUGAGGUUGACAAGGUGUUGCUUGAAAUGGAUUACCAUGGUGUUCCAAGAAAUACCGAAACUUUCAACGUGUUGAUUAGCAAUUUGUGUAAAAUUAGGAGAACAGAGGAUGCCAUGAAAUUGUUUGGUAGGAUGGGAGAGUGGGGUUGUCAACCGGAUGCUGAAACUUACCUUGUUCUGAUCAGGAGUUUGUAUCAGGCGGCUAGGGUAGGUGAAGGAGAUGAAAUGAUCGAUAAGAUGAAAUCUGCUGGUUUUGGUGAAUCUCUAGAUAAGAAGGCAUAUUACGGGUUUUUGAAGACCUUGUGUGGGAUUGAGAGGCUUGAUCAUGCCAUGAGUGUGUUCAAGAAGAUGAAAGCUGAUAGAUGCAAACAUGGAAUCAAGACUUACGAUUUGUUGAUCAGGAAGUGGUGUGCGCAUAAUCGGCUAGAUAGGGCCAAUGCCUUGUACAGAGAAGCGUCGAAGAGGGGUAUUCCCGUUAGCCCGAAAGAAUAUAGGGUCGACCCGUUAUACCUGAAAACGAAGACGAAGGAGGUGAAAGGUAACGAGAAAAAGAGAGAGACUUUGCCAGAGAAAAUGGCGAGAAAGAGGAGGAGACUGAAGCAGAUCAGUCUGAGUUUCGUUAAGAAGCCAAGGAAGGCGAUGGGACGCUGAUGAACGAACAUCUGAUGCAAUUUGCAAAAGGGUAUUGCUAAAUUCGCUCAAAAUCCAAUCUUUAUGUUUUAAUUUUGUUUUUUUCCAUGAGCAAAUGAUCUUGGAUCAUCCGUUUUCAGCAAAUCCCCCCCAAAUAAAUAUUUGGUUCAGUGCACAACAUUACGCAUAGUUCUUGAUCUGUUGGAACAUUGCAGAGAUGGGUAUACGAUUAGUUUCUUGUCUUACUUUACGGGCUGAUUAGCUGUUUGAAACCAGCACGUGUCUUUGUCGAACUUAGCUGUAUGACUGUCUCUGUGGACUAGUUAAAUCAAUGGGCAUAGAUGGGAUCAUUACAGGCAAGCAUUUAUUGUAUUGGCGAUGGUUUUUGCUUGGUAAGAAACAAGUUCUUAAGCAGUAA